AUGACUGCUUCUUCUCCCUUUAUUACUCUCUCCAAUGGCGUCAAGAUGCCAGCAGUUGGGCUUGGAACCUGGCAAUCUAGUCCUGAAGAGGUUAUGGCUGCUGUCAAAGCCGCUGUCAAGGCUGGAUAUCGUCUCAUCGACACUGCCGCAUUAUAUUUCAAUGAAGAAGCAAUCGGAACUGCUAUCAAAGAAUUGAUCGACGAGAAAGUGGUCACCCGCGAAGAGCUGUUCAUUACGACUAAAGCCUGGUCCAAUGAAAUCGCUCCAGGAAAGCUUGAGCCAGCUCUCAGAAACUCGCUCAAGAAGCUCCAACUUGAGUAUGUCGAUUUGUACCUUGCUCAUAUGCCAGCUGCGGUAAAUGAAGAUAUGAGUAAGGCUGUCAACUCUCCAGUAGAAGACGUCUGGCGUCAGUUUGAUGGUGUCUACAAGGCAGGACUCGCUAAAGCUGUUGGAGUUUCCAACUGGAACAAUGAACAAAUUGGACGUGCUCUUGCCACUGGACUCACUCCAGUUCACAACUCUCAAGUUGAACUUCAUCUUUAUUUCCCACAACACGAGCACGUUGAUUUCUGCAAGGCUCACAACAUCACAGUCACAUCGUUCGGAACCCUUGGAAGUCCAGGACGUGUCAAUUUUACCCUUCCAAACGGACAUAAACCCGAGUGGGCUCCAGCACCAUCCGAGCUUAAGGACCCUAACGUACUUGCAAUUGCCGAAGAAAAGAAGAAGACUCCAGCUCAAGUACUUCUCCGUUACGCGAUGGACCGAGGACUUGCUAUUAUUCCAAAAUCUGUCCAUGAGAACCGUAUUAAGGAGAACUUUGAACUUUUUGAUUUCACUAUUUCUCAAGAAGAAAUUGCUAAGCUUGAGAAGAGCAAGAUCUCCCAGCGUCUUUUCCUUCAAGACUUUAUGAUUGGACACCCAGAAGAUCCAUUUGCUGAUGAACGCAAGUAA